GGAACAGUAAUUAUUUUUUUCAAAUUUAGAACUAAUAAAUUCGAAUUUAGAAUACGGAAUAGUCAAAACGGCCAUCAUAGCGUGCAGCUACUAUAGUACUUGUGUGUCGCGAUUUGUCGCAAUGUGUCGACAGCGUUCUCACUCUUACCAUUUAAUAUAAAAGCAGAUAGCUCUCUGAUGUAUCACAACACAAUACGGCAGAUAAGCGUAGUUCUGCCCUUAGUUUAAUGUUUAAAUAUUCUCAAAAAUAAAUAAUAAGAUCAUCCUGUUAGGAAGAGAUAAAAGGCUUCCGUUCUUUAUUUCUAAUUCAUCCUAUUUGAUCGGUACUAAUACACAGUACUAAAUAUGCUGAUGGCAUGAAGUUAAUUAUUUUAUAACAUGGCAUUCAAAACUUAUUUAAAUUGUAUUUUAUUAAUGAUUAAAAUAAAUUAGGUAUAUAAAAUAUAAUCAUUAUUUUGUUUAUAACGAUAAUCGGUAAUCAUUAUUUAUAACCGAUCACGCGCAUCACUUAAAGUUUGCCUGACGCUGUCAUGUCAACGAACUGACUGAGAAACUGAUGAACUUGGCUUGGCGGUUUCAUUAACUGUUUCUGUAUAAAAACUGCAGAAUGCCUCCAAAGAAACGUGAUAAAGAUAACGAAACCACCAAAACAUCAAAAAUCGACCAUUUACAGGCUGACCAUGAACUAUUUUUACAAGCAUUCGAAAAGCCAACUCAAAUAUACAGAUUCUUACGGACUCGCAAUAUGCUAUCGCCAAUAUUUCUCAAUAGAACGUUAUCUUAUAUGAAGCGUAGAAUGUCUAGAAGCAAUAAAAGUCGUGUCGGCUUCAAAGUGGACUCAUUACUUGAUAAAAUAACAUUAAAAAAGAGCACUGAGCUGCAACCAAAUAGUCUAGGAGGUUACAUGACCCUGACGUUUCUAGGUUUCUAUGACAAAAGCCUAGACGAUCCUAGAGAUUACCAAGUGAAAGUUGAAACAUUACUGUUAAAAAUUUGUCAUAAGAAGAGAAAAGAAAGUUCAUCUGCAAUUGUUGAAGUUUCAGUUGGAAGUUGUUCAGUGCCUCUUAACCCUUCAUCAUCAGAACCCCCUGCUAUGGCAUCUGCUGUGAGCAUCUCCAGUGAUACAUUCAGCCCAUCCCAAGGGCCAAAUGUGAAGUCCUACAUGCUCAUGUUAAGAGUUACUGUCACUAGGGCUUCAGGUUGCACUACAACAAAUGGAACAUCCAGUUCUAGUGAAAUAACAAAUGGAGAUAGUGAUGAACCAGUAACAAAAAGACUGAAAUCUUCCACUUCUUCUGAUCAUAUCAACUCUGCAACAAGUGACAAUAAAUGGACCAAACUUUAUGGUAGUGAGUUGAUUGUGUAUGACAAACAUAAUCGUUGCCUCCUCACCAAUGGAGAGUAUGAUCUGGUGCUCCACGAUGCAACUCCAGGUGGCAGGAGUGCUACAAUAGCCAGAUCUCCACACAAAGCCCUGAUGGCGCAAUGGGAAACAAUACCUAAUGAAAAUGACUUGCAAUCGGAUUCAAACCCAUUUGAUAUUUUCAAAGUACGUCCCCUCUUGAAACUGAAGCUUAGCUGGAGUCAAGAACCCACAAAUGGGCUAGUGAAUAGACCAAAAUUGUACCAACAGAGCAAUGAAACUAAUGGAAUUAAAAAAGAUGCUAAUGGCAGCAAAGAUAGACAUUCUAUGCAGAAAGGCGGCACCAGUGAAGUAAAAAAUGGUGAGAAAUCAAAGGAAUCCAACGAAGGCGAGUCCAAACGCCAACAGAUAAUUUACCAGUUCUUGUACAACAACAACUCGCGGCAGCAGACGGAGGCUUGCGACGACCUCCACUGCCCGUGGUGCUCGCUGGACUGUGGCACUCUCUACUCGCUCCUGAAGCACUUGAAACUGUGUCACUCGAGAUUCAACUUUACGUACUUUCCAAUACCCGGCGGUGCCCGCAUCGACGUGUCAAUCAACGAAUUGUACGACGGAUCGUACACGGGAUCGCCGCACGACCUUAUAGCGGGCGCUGGGAGGGGUAGAGGGGGGGCUCGGGGUCCUGCUCGAAGGACCACACUCACACAUGUAUUGGCUUGGAGACCUAGGGCUAGACGUCGUGCCCAUAGACAUAGUCUCGCUGAAUUCUUGGAAUUGGACGAUAGCGAGUUACUGGAGGCACAGCGGCCGUACCUCACCGGACAUAAUAGAUUAUACCACCAUACUAUCACUUGCCUGCCAGUAUAUCCGAACGAGUUAGACAUCGACUCGGAGAGUGAAACGGACCCUCUGUGGCUACAACAAAAGACAAUGAUGAUGAUAGAUGAAUUCACAGACGUCAACGAGGGGGAAAAGGAGCUUAUGAAAAUGUGGAACCUCCACGUGAUGAAGUACAAUUACGUUGGCGACUGCCAGAUCCCGCUGGCUUGCCAGAUGUUCCUACAGAUGAAGGGUAAGGAGCUUCUGGAAAAGAAUCUUUACAGGAAUUUCAUAUUGCACAUGUGUUCGUUGCACGACUUUGGCCUACUGAGCCCCGUAGCUUUGUACCAAACCAUGCAAAUGCUCAACCAAAUGCUGGCAGACAAUGCCGAAGCCAAAGAGAAGAUGAGGGAUUCGUUGAAAAAGCAACGCGAGCACUGGCACGCUGUGGGCAAGUACCAACAGCCUGCUAUAAUAGACCAGAAACCUCAAACUACCACUGCGAAACUGAACAAUGUGGAAGCAUCACCUUCGGUAAGAAGAAAAACUUCCAACCUCCAAAACGCUAAUAGAAUGGCCAGUACCAGUUCAGGUUUCAACAAAUCUGCCAGUCCGGGCCCAUGCCACGUGGAAAGCAGUAAAAGAAAGAUGUCAUCGGGCAGUAUACACAGUCGCAAACGGACCUCCAUAUCGGAGAGAAAGAGUUCCGUAUAGCGAAUAUUCAGUGUCUUAACGCUAUGGGACUCCUCUCGUUUCAAAGUACAACACAAAAAUAACUUUUACUGCUCUGUUAACUAGGGCUCCUUUAUGAAAAAUGAUGCGGAAACGGAUUUUUAGUAUAUGCUUUGUCCCCAUCCGUUUUCCUGAAUUUUAGAAGUGUUGUUAUUGUCUGUAGAAUCGACAAGUUGUACGCGUCUACAGCCACCUAAAUGCAUAUAUAUUAUCUUUUAUGCAACUACUUUUAAUUCGGGAAGCUUGUAAAACAAAAGCGAAGCGCGUACUUUUCCCUGAUUUUCAUACAGUUAUGGACAUGACAGUAGAUAGAUAUCCUUGCACUAGUAAUAGCGUCCUUAUUGCUUCGUAUUAAAGUAACUUUUAUUUAAUCUUCUGAACAAACAACGUUGCCGCAAGUUAUUUCAAUAAAAUCAUUAUAAUUACCGCUCUUCAUUGCCGAUUUGCUAAUCCGGAAUGCCAUCUGUUCACAGUUCUUAAUUGAUGUAGUUCUGCGUGUCAAGAAAGUAAUCAAUUUGUAAAAAUAUUUAAUAAUUUGAUAAAAUAAUUUCAGGAACCUAUACUAAGAAAAAGACAGCAUUUAUUUUAUUAUCCAUUUCCAAUUCAUCAUAAUUGAGUGAGCCAGAGCAUAUUGCAUGCCUUGUAUUGCCAGGGAGAAAAAAACAGCUGUUCACAUUUUACAAAAUAUUGUUAAUUGAUGUUAAAUCUAAGUUAUUCAACGUCGAGUUUAGUAAAUUCUAGAAUUGUGUUUUUUUGCGUUUCGUAUAUAGUGUUAUUAAUCUAUAGCUGAAUUCGAAUGACUUCGCAUGUUUUUGUCGUUAUAUUUUGUAGUGACUUUUCUAAUUCCGAAUGGAAAUCGGUGUUGUCACAACUUUUUUCUCUCGUCGGUUUAUAUUUAAGCAAAGAAAUGUCCAUGUGAUGGAUGGUUAACGGUUGUACCCAAAGGCUAUUCCUAGUAACAGUUAAGCUUAUCAAAGUUUUGCUAGUUAACUAUAGUCGUCACGAAAAGCCAUAAAUAUACAAUCAGGAGCUCAUACAGUGUGUAUUCCGUAAUAUAUACCAGUAUACUGGCCAGUGCUAAUGACGUCAUGGAUCUACGCUAUACUGGUGAAUUGUUCCGAAAUAUAUUGGCCAGCGCACUGACGUCAUAAAUCAACGAAAUAUUAAAAAUAAUGCGAAUAAAGAACAUUUUUUAUUCACCUCAUCAAUUAAAAGGAAUUCUUUUUGUUCGGAUGCCAUUAUUGUUCUUUAAAUAAAAAAGAAAUAAAAUUCGAAUGCAUCUCACGCACGCUCGGUCAUACGUCAUAUUCGUUUUCCCGGUAAAAAUAUGGUAGCAUACCAGUACAAUAUGGCGUUGGAUUCGUGACGUCAUUACCACUGGCCAGUAUACUGAUGUACAUUUCGGAAUACACCCACAAAACAGUAUCCAAAGAUCGAAAGGAUCCAUUCUUUUCUCCAUGCAACUUUGCCCAAUCUUACACCUCAAGUAUUAUCAUGCAUGCAUGUAUAAAAAAUACGCAAAGUUUAUUGAAAAUAUAUAAAUUUAUUAUCCACUUGUGUCACAUAAAAAUGUCUUUUAUACAUUUAAAUUAAUGGCAACAGAUAAUAUGUAAUAGUAAAUGUACAUCUUUAAAAUACAAAAACUACGGCAAACAUAAAAAAAAUGAUCGCCAAAAGCUUGAAUAUAACAAGAUAUUAUACUUCAAGCCCAUCAAAAUACAUAUAACUGAAAGGGUUGGCUAAAACUGUGUACCAAGACGAUUAAGACGAUUAAAUGUCAAAACCAAUUAUAAUGUAUGUAACGAAAAACGUUGCGUGAUUUUUGAUGCAACCAAUGACAAUCAAGGAAAUGAAUUUAAUCCAAUAGUGUCAUCUACCAGUCAAAGACAAUUUGCGUAUAGGUAAUAACAUUGCUUUAUACGCAAAUUCCUUGUUUUUAUAUUUUUAUUCAGAUUUUCACCCUUUUCUAUUGUAUUUAUUGGAAUUUUGAUGAGUGGGCCUUUUAAGUAUAAUUUUAGAUGUUUUUGAGAUAAUUUGUACCGAGGUAUACAAUAUUGGGCAGAAAUCGAAGAUCCCCUUUAAAACUGGAUAAUCUGACCUGUUGUUGUCUAUACUAAAUAACAGCGAAUUAGUCAUACAACUACUUGUAUAUUACAACUAAUUGUCUAGAGAUGAUCUUUUUAAGUGAUCAUUGUCACUAUGUAACUCAGUAGAAGAUAAAUAAUAUAUUGUUUACAUAGUUUAUGACUAAUGGUAAUGAUUAUGUAGUUGUUAUUUUCCAAAAAUUAUAUUUUUGACAACAAAGCUUUGAUAAACUUGUAUAUUGCAGGAGUAAGCUGUUGGAAAUGGCCAUGAUUAAGAAAAUUAAGUUACUAAUUAAUAACUGGAGUUAAGAUCGGUUACAUUUUGGUCUUAGAUCUCUUGAUAUAUGUUAUGUCUUGUUUAUUUCAACAUAUAUUAUUUUAGCAAUUACCUAUGUAUUGAAAUUUCAACAUUCACGACUGUGAUUAUCUAUUAGUUAGUAAUUUGCGUGGUUUAUUCAUACGUAUGAACGUAUAUGUGCUUGUAGAAUAAUUUUGUAUAACACUGCCAAUACAAUACAUCUCAAUUAAUUGUUUGCGCUAAUUAGUAAUAUUUUGAAAAACCACAACUGAUAGGGUAUAAAAAAUAUAAAUAGAUAAAAGAAUUGUUACAGGUUGUCUCAAAAAGAUUACACUUAUUAUAAUACCCAAGAUAAAAAUUAGUUAAAAGUACCAUCAAGUCACAUUCUGAAUGUAUCACAUGUUCUCAAUAGGGUAUUUGACAGUAUUAAAAAUAAAGUGCCCAUUGUUAGCAUCUGUGUUUAGAAUGAAUAUUGGCAGGGGAUUUUACUAUUUUUACAAAAAAAAAAACAUAAUUUUACUAAAAACCCACGAAAAAGAUAACAGUUUUCUUAUCUAUUGUCACGUGACCCAAAACGCUUGGGAUUGGCGGAGCCUAAAAUGGCGUCACACGCAAGUAAACUUCCGGUUAAAGUGACAUUACAUUGUAUCGUUUGACGUUUUAAUAACGUCACACACUAGUAAGACGCCAUAUUGUCCAGAGAAACGUUUUCGCGGCAACUUGAAAAUGGAGUUUUUGAUUUGGUUAUUUUUACUGAAAUACACAACAGAAUGAUGAAUAUCCACUUUUUACGGACUCCAUAAUCAUUAGUCAAUAACGUGAGAUCGUUUUCUAAAACUUGUCAAAUACCCUAUUCCGUGCGUGUUAAUAAUUUGUCUAGUUUUUAUACUAUUUUUUUUUAUAAAUUCAUCAGCUUUGUAUCUCGUAUGAGGACGUCAUUUAACAUUCAGAAAACGAAAAAUUUAUACUUUUUGUUUACAAUAGAAAAUUUUGGGACAUCUGUAUUUGAUUGCGUAUUAGAAUACUUUAUACUUUUAAUAAAAAUUUCAAUAUUCUAAUGCGUAAAUUGGGAAGUUUUGGUUCCAUUUAGUCAUAUUAUUAAUUUAUUUGCAUAUAUGGACAAAACGACUCGUCAGUUUUAGUCAAGAAAAUACAGUCUUGUUAAGUGUAGUCGUAAAUAAAGUUAUUUUUUCUGACACAAUUAGCUAAAUAUCUUCCCUGCUUAGCCAAAAAGCGGUGUGUCUAAGAUCUUAUAGUUUUUUUUACAGCAUUCGAUAGCAAUUACAAUUUCACAUCUAAUGGUAUAAGCCAAAAAGCCUUAUCUGAUUUAAAACAUUGAAAACUACUUAAAAAACAAAUUUAACUCAAGUUUUCUUUAUAUCACUAAGCGAUUGAGCGACAUUUGGUUAAGUUCAUUUCUCGAACUCGCUGCGGAAUUAGCACUUUUACGCUAAGUAAUUAUGACUAUAAGGCAAACUGAGACUUCGCCUGCGGGGUACAGGAUGUGGGGGAGAUAAGAGUUAAAGGAAUGCAGACAAGAUAUUUGUUGAAUAUCUAGAUUCCGGACACACAUUUGUCAUGUCUGGAGACGCGAUUGUAUCGGGAGAUAAGGGAAGACAAGUAAAUUUUCAUCUAAUUUCUUAAAUAAAUUUCAAACUGUUUAUUUUUAAUUUGUAAAAAUAAUAUGUUUGAAACCUUUACAUUGAGCCCUUUUAUUUGAUAUAUAACAGGGUACAGUUAGCUAAAUUUAAUUUUAUAAAUCAACCCGCAGUAGUAACCCCCAUACACGGUAUUUAUUUAUUUACUUUAUACGUCCGUGUUUGGGUCACAGACAUACAUUUAUUUAUCAAAUCUCAGCUUGUUCGGUUCAGUAGAUUCCGAGCAAAUCGAAUGUGACAGACAGACAACCGAGAGAUCCUAUAAGAGGUCUGCUUUUGCCGAUCGAGGUACAGAACCCUAAAAACAAAACAAGUAGAAAUAUUUCCGAAUAAAAACAAAUUAUUUUGGAAUUUUUAUUCCAGUUUAAUAUCUGAAUAGAGGCGAAAUUAUUGGAGGGGACUGCCAACUUACGAUUAAUUUUAUUUCAUAGAACGCAAAUAAAAGCUUAAUUAUUUUUUAUUCAACUAUCUUUUACAGUUAAUGAAGUUGUUAUAAAAAAUAUACCUAAAUUACUUUUUAUUACAGACCAAUAG